UAUCGCUCGUGCAGUGACAUUCGGAAUGCACAGUCUGGGGCAUAUAUUAUCCAGGCGAACAAUGAAAGUUACGCUUUUAUGGUGUACUGUCACCGCGAUAUGGAGGGUGGAGGCAUCUGGUUGGUGAUACAGCACCGAUUCGACGGAUCGCUAAACUUCUAUCGCAACUGGACCGAGUAUCGGAAUGGUUUUGGUGACAUUGAGAAGGAGUUCUGGAUAGGACUUGAACGACUACAUCAGCUGACAUCGGGGCGACCCCAUGAAUUGAUGGUUGAGCUGAGAGACUUUAAGGGGAAUUAUAAAUUUGCACUCUACGCAGCAUUCGAGAUUGGCAGUGAAGCCGAACAUUACAAUCUGAAAACACUUGGAGCUUACAAUGGAACUGCAAAGGAUUCUCUGUCAAGUCACAAGAAUAUGAAAUUCUCGACGUACGAUCGUGAUAAUGAUGUAUGGAAGGAAGUAAAUUGUGCUGUAAGAUUUGAGGGUGCCUGGUGGUACUACAACUGCUAUCGCACCAAUUUGAACGGGCCAUACAAGAAUAUAGUAGAUGGUAAAUCGAUGAACUGGUACGACUUCAGCAAUUCCCAUGAAGGACUGAGCUUUUCAAGAAUGAUGAUCCGACCAAAAUAA